AUGGACUUCGACUUCAGCGAAGAGUUCGGCCCGGCUUCGGAAACGCCGCUGCAGAAACUACGCCAGCAGUGGAGCAACCGGAGGCCAUCUCGGCUUCAUGGGAGCCCAGCGUCACCCAGGCCGCAAGAGUUGUUUCCAUCACCAAGACAGGGCCAGUCCAGCAGUCCAUCUCCAGGCUCCCCUUCGAGCGCGCUGGCGACGCCCAAUGAGGACGCCUUUGUGUCGACAAAGGCCAGCCUGCGGCGUCGCGAGUACGAGAAGUUGGAGAUGUGGAUCUCAUCGGGUGGAGCAGUGGAAGACUUUGCGCCUUGGUUUCGCGAGAUGCUCGCGGACCAGGACGACGACUGUCUGGUCAGCGCCCUUCGCGCAGUGGCGGCGCACUACCGCCGAGCGGCGCAACAGCAAGCGCUAGGUGAGGAAGACUCCGGCGUUCCGGUGCCGCUUUGUUGGUUGGCACCUUUGGCAGAGCGGCUGAUGAGCUGCGCGUCUGGAUUGGUGGCCCAUGAGGCCUCAGAGUUGGUUGCUGCCUGUCUGGCUUGCACGGAGAGGUCAUCUGCACCUCACCAGGCGACGUUUUUUCAGCGUUUCGCCACAUUGUCACGUGGAAAAGUUCACCUGCUGGCAGCCUGUCAGGCUGUGCUUCAGCCGGAGGAUUGGCAAGAAAUGCUGCGCCUCGUCCGCCAAAGCGCCCGGGAGGAGCUACCAAAAGACACCUGGCGAAGGCUACCAGAGGAGUUGAAGAACUUGGCGAAGGAGCUAGAACCUACUGCCGCAAGUCCGUUGCCUGUGAGGCCCACCGAGGACUCCGCGGGCGCAGAGGCCUGGAGCGACACGCCCAAGACCUGGCGUCAGCGGGUGCGGUGCUUGGAACAUCUGGCGGAACGAGGUGAUGUGCGGAAUCUUUGGCCACAGCUGGUCCUGCAGGUGGAAGACGAUCAUCCCGCCGUUUCUGCGGCAGCCUUGCACUGCUUGGCAUGCCGAGCGCCGCAGAUGACGCCUCCCGCGGAGCAUUUGCUGUGUCGUCUGGCCCAAGCACUACGGCAGCGCUUGCGGGAGCCCCGCUGCCACAUGCGAAGAGCUGCCUUGGAGUUUUUGCGCAGCAUGCAGGGCGCAGCUCAGUGUCUUCUGCUCGCGCAGACCUUUGGCGUUUCCAAGGAGCGUGCUCGGAAAGCGGCGCUUGGGAUGAAAAGGGAUGACGUCAGUGACGAUCCCCUAGAGACUUUGAUGAUUGAAGCCUUCGGUGCCACAAAGUGCCAAGGUGCUCCGGGCACCCCGAGCCCGGAUCGGACUCGCCGCUUUUGGUCUGCGUCCCCGCAGAAGGCCACCCCACCAAGCACAGCGGCCACCACCCCCGGCACCACCGGGCGGAUGAAGCUAACGAACCUCACGCCAGAGACGGAGGAGACGCCAUCGCCUAAGGCCUUGGAACCAGAGCUACGAGGCUGCCCUGAAGUUUUGUUUGCUGCAAGGAAGAUCAAUGAGUUUUUGUCUCCCAGUGCCAGGCAGUGGAGCGCUGCCAUCAGAGUCGACCUUGCUGAGCUUUGA